AUGAAUCAACUCCAUGACUUUGAGAAGAACAUAAUUGUUGUAAUUACGAGAGUCACCCCUGAGUUGAAUGCCUUUCUCCAGGAUGAUUUCAACUUUGAGCUGACAUUGAGGUUAUUGGGUGAUCUUCCACUACAAGCCAAAAUUCAACAACUUGGGCCACCACUCAGGUAUAAACAAUUGAUCUCAAUUUUGUUGACCAGAUGUGCAUUGAACAAGGUAUUGGGAAACCCUGUGUUUCAAAAAGUCUCAUUCGAGUACAACAAGUUUGGGAAACCUAGCAUCGAAGGUCUUGAAUUCAACUCAUCGUCAUCUAAUGAUAUUUUUGCUAUUGCGCUUCAUUCGUUUCCAAUCGGGAUAGAUUUAUCCCAUUCGACACAAAAUGUGUCAUCGACGGAUUACAAAAAGCAGUUUGAACCGAUUUUCCACAAGUUAGAAUUGAGACAACUUGAUCUGUACUUCAAGUUCAAUCAUUUUUGGACAUUGAAGGAAGCAUUCACCAAGUUGAUUGGUUGUGGACUAAAUGUGGAGCUAUCCGAUUUCUACUUUGUAUUGAAUGAAAAGGACGAAUUUGGUCAAGACAAUUACUGUUUGACUAAGCCCCCACAUUGUAGUAAUGACUUUGAGCUUGUUGAUGUGAAUUGGUAUGACAAGAUUACAACUAAUGCUGACAAUUUGUUUGAAGAGAGGAGUGAAUUUGUUGAUGGUCUUGAAAAUGAGUUUUACUGCUAUAGUACUGUCCUUGACAAAUCACACGGGGAGAAGUUACCAGUUAUAUGUUCUAUUAUCACACAACUACACGCAGCUCAAAUAAUAACUUACAAUGUUGAUUUCUUGGCCAUUUUGCAACGGCAUUUGGAGAUAUGA